GCCUUUGCGACUGGAUAUCAGGAGAAAACUCUCCGCCCGGUCAGACCGAGUGAAGAGUGUGGACGUACACCCCACAGAGCCAUGGAUGCUCUGUAGUCUGUACAAUGGUCAAGUGCACAUCUGGAACCACGAGAGCCAGACCAUGCUCAAGUCCUUCGAGGUGGCAGAGGUGCCUGUGCGUUGUGCACGCUUCGUCGCCCGUAAGUCAUGGAUUAUCACAGGCUCUGAUGACAUGCAGCUGCGCGUGUUCAACUACAACACGCUGGAGAAGGUCCACACCUUAGAAGCUCACUCGGACUACAUCCGAUCGGUGGCUGUCCACCCCACACAGCCUCUGUUUAUCUCGAGCAGUGACGACAUGCUCAUCAAGCUGUGGGAUUGGGAGAAGUGGCAGUGCAUGCAGGUAUUUGAAGGGCACACGCACUAUGUGAUGAUGGUCGUGUUCAAUCCUAAGGACGCCAACACCUUUGCCUCUGCGUCGCUGGAUCGCACUAUUAAGGUGUGGCAACUGGGCUCUCCCGUACCGAACUUCACUCUAGAGGGCCACGAGAAGGGCGUUAACUGUGUGGACUACUUCCAGGGUGGCGAGAAACCGUAUCUGAUCUCUGGUGCGGAUGAUCGCACCGCUCGAGUGUGGGACUACCAGAACAAAACGUGUGUGCAAACCCUCAGCGGACACACCCAGAAUGUGUCAGUGGUCUGCUUUCACCCAGAACUCCCCAUCAUCCUUACAGGUUCUGAGGAUGGUACUGUGCGUGUGUGGCACUCGCAGACCUACCGUCUGGAGAACACACUCAACUACGGCUUGGAGCGUGUAUGGGCUCUAGCCUAUGUGCGUGGCAGCAAUAACAUCGCAUUGGGUUAUGACGAAGGCAGCAUCAUGAUCAAACUAGGCAGAGAAGAACCAGCCAUGAGCAUGGACAGCAGUGGCAAGAUCAUCUGGGCCAAGCACAGCGAAAUCCAACAGGCCAAUCUCAAGCAAGUGCUGGAACAGGGAGUCAUCAAGGACGGAGAGGCACUCACCCUCAGCACCAAAGACUUGGGCGCGUGCGAGAUAUACCCUCAGUCUCUGCAGCACAACCCCAACGGACGCUUUGUGGUGGUGUGUGGGGAUGGCGAAUAUAUUAUCUAUACCGCUCUGGCAUGGCGAAAUAAGAGCUUCGGUUCGGCUUUGGAGUUUGUAUGGGCGUCGGAGGCGGGUGUAUAUGCCGUGCGCGAGAGCUCCUCCAAGAUCAAAGUAUACAAGAACUUCAAAGAACGGUCCAUCAUCAAGCCUGACUUCAGCGCUGAGGGUAUCUUCGGUGGUCAUCUGCUGGGUGUGCGUUCGUCCAACUCCCUCGCCUUCUACGACUGGGAAUCCGGAGACCUGGUACGGCGCAUAGAGAUUGUGCCCAAGGCUGUGUACUGGUCAGAGAAUGAUCUGGUGGCUAUCUGCACAGAAGACAGCUACUUCAUCCUGCGCUUCAGCGAGUCGGCGGUGGCGGAGUUCAGAGAGAGUGGUGAGGUGAUUCAAGAUGAGGGUAUCGAGACGGCGUUUGAGGUACUAGGUGAGAUUGCCGAUGACAUCAGAACCGCCUGCUGGGUGGGUGAUUGCUUCCUGUUUACUAACAGCGUCAAUCGCCUCAACUACUACGUGGGUGGCGAGAUAGUGACAGUGUCCCACUUAGACCGUCCUAUGUACCUGUUGGGAUACAUUCCCAAGGACAACCGCGUGUAUCUGGUCGACAAGGAUUUGCAACCAGUCAGUUAUGCGAUAUCUUUAACUGUGUUGGAGUAUCAGACAUUAGUCAUGCGCCGAGACUUCGCGACGGCUGAUGGGCUUAUGUCCCAGAUCCCCGAAGGCGAACGCACGCGUGUUGCCCGCUUCUUGGAGAAGCAAGGGUUCAAGGAGCAAGCACUGCAGGUGUCUACAGAUAUAGACCACAAGUUCGAGUUGGCUAUGACGCUCAAGAAUAUGAAGCUUGUGCACGAGAUUGCACAGGAGGUGGACAGUCCGUUGCGAUGGAAACAGGUGGCGGAUCUAGCGCUGAGCUGUUGGGAGUUCGAUCUGGCUCAGAAAAGCAUGAUGGCCGCAAAAGAUUACCCUGGCUUGCUGCUUCUGUUCACUACCUCUGGCAAUCCCGAGGGACUCACCAUCCUGGCCAAGAAGUGCCAGGAAGAGGAGCAGAACCACAUCACCUUUGUGUGUCUGUUCCUUCUGCAGCGUUUGGAGGAGUGUUUGGAUCUUCUCGUGGUCACCAACCGCCUGCCCGAGGCGUGCUUCUUCGCGAGAACAUAUCUGCCAUCGAAGGUGGAUGAUCUUGUGGUGCUGUGGAAGGAGAGUUUGGAGGCGAAGGGCAAGCCAGGUAUGGCAGCCAGCUUAGCCUCACCCGGGGAAUACGGCAACCUGUUCCCGGAUAUAGACUUGGCCAUCCAGGCUGAACGAAGGUACAAGCGCAUGGACCGGUCUGAAGGACUGGCCGCCGCAUCAGACUAUGUGGCCAUGAAGGCUGCACUCGGACGAGAUCUGAUAGAGGAGGUGCGCGAGAGUGGCGAGGAGCCUGAGUUGCCGGUCAGUCCGGUGCAGGCCAAACCUAGUUUGCCAGAACCGCAAUCGCCAGUGCGAGCACAGACACAGGCUCCCCAGCCCGAUAGUGAGUCCGAAAUAGAACCCGAGGCUAAUAACGGGACGAAUAACGGUAUGGAUGAUAGGGACUUUGAGGAAGAGGAAGAGGGGCAAGCCAGCUCUGCAUUUAACACGCCCGAACCCACGUUCCAGAUGCCACGAGAUGCGUUUGCUAAGCAACAGAGGUCACCCGCGGCACACCAAUCCCCUGCACCACCAAAGAUUGAAGCGCCGGAGGAAGACUCGGAAGAAGCCAGCGACGACUUUGACGACAGUGACGAUGACGAGGAUGAACUCCAGACCGUGUUAUCAGGCAAACCCUCACCAGCGGCGCAGAAACAAGCAUCACCCGCACCCACGCAACUGAAGGAUGACUUCGAUGAUGACGUGGACGAUUUCGAUAGCGAUUUCGGUGAGGACGAUGGUUUUGACGAUCUUUGAAGAUGUCGAUUGGACCCAAGCACUAAUAAUCGACUCGAUUAACUUGAGAUAUGGGUCAACUUGCCUAGGAUAGGUUGACGUGCCGAUUUAGAAUCAACCCGAUUGGCCAAUUUUAUCUAUGCAAGUCAGGCGCGUAAUAGUGGGAGUUUGAAAUAUUCCAAGUGCUGCAAGGACGAACAACGGUACACCACAUGAUGAGUACCGCAGUGAGCUUUAUAAACAGAUACGCCCAUACAAAUAACUCACUAAUCGAUUGAAGUUUUAUUAAAAUAAUGUAUGUACAUAAUACAAGCCG